AUGGAUGGUUUGGGCUGGAACAGCUCCGAGGACGGUUCCCCCAAUUUAGCUGAUGCUCAAAAGGUGCUGGGAGAUCAGUCGCAGAUCCGGAAGGAUGAGGCAGGCUGGAUCGCGGCCCAACUGGGCUUGGAGAAGGGGCACGUGGCAGGGGCGGUUCGCCUCUUCCAGGAGGGAAGCACGCUGCCCUUCAUCGCACGAUACCGGAAAGAGCAGACAGGUUCCAUGAACGAAGAGAACCUGCGGCGCGUCGAGCGCGAGCUGAACCGCGUGAGGGACCUCGAGACGAAACGGGCCAGGGUUGCCCUGGCCCUGCAACGGGGGAAGCACCUCACCCCAGAUCUCGGUGAGAGCUUGCUGCAGGCGGAAAGCCUGGAGGACAUCGAUGCUUUGUGGGCGCCCUUCAAAGCCAAGAGGCAGACGCGGGCCCAGGUGGCAAAGUCUUUGGGCUUGGAGCCCUUGGCCAGCCUCUUGGAGGAGGCGGCCAAGCAGCUCGCACCCCGCAACAUUGAGGUGGCCUUACCAUUGGAGGCAGAGGCCGUGACGCUCCAAGAAGCCGGGCCCGAGAAGUCCGAGGAGGCAGAGAAGCCGAGGGAGGUGGAGUUCCUGAAACCGCAGGCGCCCUUGCCGGAGAAGACGCUAGAGGAGGCGGCAGCGCAGUUCAUCACGGCCGAGGUCCCCAACGUGGAGGCCGUCUUGAAGGCGGCCCGGGACAUCUUAGCCGAGCAGUUCGCACACCGUGGAGAUGUGCGGCAGCUAGCCCGCAGCGUGCUCGAGAACAAGGUGCGGCUUGCAUCUCGCCGGCGCGGUGACGCCGACCCGGAGGGUCAGUUCAAGACAUACUGGGAGUUCAGCUCCCCGCUGCGGCAGGUGAAGCCGCAUCAGUUCCUGGCGGUGCAGCGCGGAGAGCAGAAGAAGUGCCUCAGCUUGAGCUUCGCCAUCACGGCUGAAGACUCAACUUAUUUGCUCGAUGCCUUGAUGGCCACCUUCCUGGGCGAUCGGCCGCGACAGGGCAUCGAAGCAACCCCGACGCCCAUGAGAGCAGCAGGGGGCAAGUCAAACCUCGGGGGCCGUGCUGCAUAUCGGGCAGAGAUUCGCUUGGCGCUGGAGGAUGCCUACAAGCGCCUGCUCCUUCCCUUCCUGGAGCGCGAGUGGCGCCGGCGCUUGAAGCAGCAAGCAGAGGACGAGGCUUUCGACACCUAUCGCCGGAACCUGAAAAAGAAGCUCCUGCUGGCCCCUUUGAGGCUUCAUCCCGAUUGGGGGUAUACCGAAGAUUGCGGCUCCCCCGUGUCUGCCGUUUUGGGCGUGGAUCCCGCAUUUCGCACCGGCUGCAAAUGUGCUCUCAUCUCGUUGACAGGCCAAGUCCUAGCCACCAAGACUGUGUUUCCGCACCCGAACUAUGCUGGAGCAUCGGUGCCCCUGCCACAGGCCGAGACCGCCAGCCGCAACCUCAAAGAUCUGCUUCAGCAGGGCCUCGGCUUCAGCGAAGCGCCGGAUCUCGAUGCCCUGGCGGACCUGGAUCCUCCGAGCUCUGAGAGACCACGGAAGAGGUGCCGCAGAUAA